UUGACCCUUGACAUUCCACGUGAGAGCCACGACGAGGGCCGCGAUGAUCAGAGAGGCAUAUUCAAAGAAGAUCCCGAGCUUCUCAGAGAUUCCAAGCUGAAGAGUAUUGCUGGUGGAUGUAAUGGUACCAACGGCGUGGCCAGGUGUUCCUUGCCUGCCGUAGGCUUGGUUGGCGAUCUGGGUCUCAACAGUACCCGCCGGCCCGUGAAUCCCACCUUCGGAUCUAUCGUCGACGAAGCAGCUCAACUGAGGAAUGAGCUCCCACCUCAGCCCAAGCAAACGAGCGACGGUCAUCGAUCAGUUCUUGGUGUGUACUAUGUGAUCUCUACACUGUGCGGCCUUGUUGGCAAGCGAUCCAGAUUCGAAUAUACAACGCACUUGGACCAGUGCUGCAGGCAAUUGAUACAGGAUCAAGAAUAUCCUACUGACUUAUUACUGGUGAACCUGAUACGGAUACGGCAGAUCGCGAUCAAGGUUAAUGAUGUUUUUUGGGAGCCGAUUGAGGUCACCAAUACCAGCCCCUUCCGAAAGUUCCACUCUAUAGCCGUGGCUUCUAUUCGAAAUGAGCUGGAUACAUUCAUGCAGCAGCUGCCGGAGCACCUGAAGUGGAAUCAUCUUCUGCGAUCCCAUUGCGCCGCUAUUCGCAUCCGCUUAUUCGAGCCCUUCAAGCAUGGCGACAAGGGCGACACGUUUGAGCCUACGCACCUGAGAUGUCGCACGAUGUGGGAUUGCUUAGAGAGCACGCAAGCACUUUGCGACGCUUUCCGCCUGGUGCCGGUUGAAUCCUACCCUUCCCUCACCUUCGUCUCCAUCCUUCAUCUUGCUUUGGCCAUUAUAAAGGCCUUGAGGCUCCUCUGUGUGGAGGACCAUGGCUGGGACUUGGAGACGGCGCGGACGAUGUACAACCUUCCGGAAUUUUUGCGCCAAUUGAGCAAGCUUCUUGACGCAGCCAGCUGCCUCGGCAGUCCUCGUUGCGCGAUUGUCAUUCACGGACGGCCACUUUUAGCUGAGUAUGCCGAAGCAUAUCGCGGCAUUGAGCGCUGGUAUUUGUCAAAAACAGAUCCGGGCGUCCCUCCGUCAGAUACGGCCCUGAUGGAAGAUGUAGUUACGCACAGUGGUGAGCAGUAUGAAGGCUUCGAGUUUUGGAAUCAGUUGUCGGACUUGGCGUACGGGCUGGUACCCUGA